AGGACAACAUUGUGUUGUGUGCAGGAGAGCACAGCAGAACAGGCCCGCCAUUUCCAGUUCUCAUAGGUCUUUUUCUACUUUUAAUAGCGCUUUAAACGUUGGGCGGCAGCGGCAGUAGGAGGAGGAACAGGGGGAGGAGAAGCGGCAACGACGACUUGCGGAGCGGCGGAGGCAGGGAUCCGGUGUGCUACAUCGGGAUGAGAGCGAGACAGAGACCCGGGUCGAAUGAGUCAGCGAAAGAAACCUCAUUAUCUCGGCAUUAUUGAAGUCUGAAUGAAUCUGGACCAAUCCCAUCUAAAAAAUCGAUUAUAUAUAUAUAUUUUUUUACAUAUUUAUUGUUGUUAGAUUCCGCUUCCCUUCAUAUUCCGCCCUCCCCUGGUCCGCGUCUGCCAUAGCCUAGUUUUGAUUUUUCUUUCCUCCAAGCGAGGUGGGGAAAAAGGGGGGUCUUGAGAGGCAAAGGAGGAGGUGGAGAUCCAAUUUCAUUUUUUUAAACAGCUGGAAAAAAAGAAAAUCUAACAUCGGAAGACAAAGCCUUUCGGGCUUCAAAUUUGUGAGUCUUUUGUUGCGUUGAGUAAAGCGAAGAUGUCGGGACAGAGCAUUACGGACAGGAUAACGGCAGCCCAGCACAGUGUAACGGGAUCCGCGGUGUCGAAAACAGUAUGCAAGGCCACCACGCACGAAAUUAUGGGCCCAAAGAAGAAACAUUUGGAUUAUUUGAUCCACUGCACCAAUGAGAUGAACGUGAACAUUCCCCAACUGGCCGACUCUUUAUUCGAGAGGACCACCAACACCAGCUGGGUGGUUGUGUUCAAGUCGCUCAUCACCACACACCACCUCAUGGUUUAUGGCAAUGAGCGUUUUAUCCAGUACCUGGCUUCAAGGAAUACACUUUUCAACCUCAGCAAUUUUUUGGACAAAAGUGGACUACAAGGUUAUGACAUGUCUACAUUCAUCAGGAGGUAUAGUCGGUACCUGAAUGAGAAAGCGGUGUCCUACAGACAAGUUGCCUUUGACUUCACAAAAGUUAAACGGGGUGUCGACGGCGUAAUGAGGACCAUGAAUACAGAGAAGCUGCUCAAGACUAUACCCAUUAUUCAGAACCAGAUGGACGCCCUACUCGAUUUUAAUGUCAAUGCCAACGAGCUGACUAAUGGAGUCAUCAAUGCAGCCUUCAUGCUCCUCUUCAAAGACUCCAUCAGGCUCUUUGCUGCUUAUAACGAAGGCAUCAUCAACCUGCUCGAGAAAUACUUUGACAUGAAGAAGACUCAGUGUAAAGAAGGCUUGGACAUUUAUAAAAAGUUCCUUACUCGCAUGACCCGGAUAUCAGAGUUUCUCAAAGUAGCCGAGCAGGUGGGAAUUGACCGAGGCGACAUCCCGGACCUAUCACAGUUCACAGUUUGUGCUCCCAGCAGCCUCCUCGAAGCUCUGGAGCAGCAUUUGGCCUCCCUAGAAGGGAAGAAAGUGAAAGACUCCACUGCAGCCAGCAGGGCCAGUACUCUAUCAAACGCAGUGUCAUCGCUGGCCAGCACAGGGAUGUCUUUCACUAAGGUGGAUGAGCGGGAGAAGCAGGCUGCUCUCGAGGAGGAACAGGCCCGACUCAAAGCUCUCAAGGAACAAAGGCUUAAAGAGCUCUCAAAGAGGCCAUCCUUUUCCACCACCGAUACAUCGCCAAUCUCCACCACCGGGGGCACCAUCAGCACAGCACCAACCAUUGACCUCUUCUCCACACCCAGCUGCUCAAACGGUGCGGUCAAGAUGGAGAGUGACCUUUUUGACCUGCAGCCGACCUUCCAGCCCUCCAUGCAGUCAGCCUCUACAGGGCUUCCGGUGGCCACAGCAUGGGCAGAUCCUUUCACCUCUACUGAAGCUGGAGAUGACUCCAUGCCAAACCUUAACCCUUUCCUGUCAAAACUCGUUGUUGAUGCCUCUCACUUACCUGUCGUGUCUUCAGACGGUGUUAGCUUUUCCUCUAGGACAUCUGCUCAUGAAAUGUUUGGUGAUCGUUACAAUCCCUUUACUGACACAAACUCAUCAGUUUCAACCAAUUACAAACGCACAGUGCGGAUAGAACACUCCAUCUCAGACUCCUUCUGUGGUCCAGUGUCCGUUGCUCAGCACCUUCCACAUCAGGCUCCCUUCCCCACUGAGCCCUCUACUGUAGCAGGUCUAUUCAGAGGAUACUCAACGCCUCAGGCCCCUCCACAACCACCAGCAGGGGGACUACAGGUGGACUUUGAGUCCGUUUUUGGAAACCAAGCCACCGGCACCAGUAGCCUCAACUCUGACGAUCUUACCGGAGGCAUCCUGAAACCAACCCUUGCUGGCUCCAACCAGCUGUCCAAUCAGCAGCCCGAGAAGCUGGUGUCAGACGACCUUGACUCUUCGCUGGCCAACCUUGUCGGCAACCUGGGCAUUGGAAAUGGCACGAUGAAGAAUGACAUCCACUGGAGCCAGCCGGGGGAGAAGAGGAUGACCGGCGGCACCAACUGGCAACCGAAAGCGGCACCAACCACGACCUGGAAUCCCGUCUCCAUGCCACCAUCAGUCAUGGCCUUCCCUGCCACCACACCCACAAGCAUGAUGGGAUACAGCAUGCCUCCACAAAUGGGCUCGAUGGGGAUGAUGAAUCCACCCACCAUGAUGUACAACCAACCCGUCAUGAGGCCACCCAACCCCUUUGGCUCCGUGUCGAGCGCUCAGCCCUCUGCAGCCUCUAGUCCUUCCAGCCAGAGUCCUCUCCGAGCCCCUGGACAGGACCCGUUUGCACACCUCUCUCUCAAGGAUUUCUUGUAGAGCAUCUCUUUAGAUGCAGUUCAUGUAAUUUGAAGGAAGUGUCUCUCAGAAGAUGAAGCACUUAACAGCAAAACCUUGUCCUCGUUGCAGUCUGACUCUUCAGAGAAGCCCCAUCCCCCUCAAAAUACAGACACGUCAAGAAUACAAUGGUGCACCGACUGUCAGAAACCAUCGUAUCCAUGUCCACACGGCGUUCAGCAGUAACUCAAACCCAUUUUAUUAUGUAGUAACUUGCCCGACCCGCAGAGCGAUGCUGCUUUCUAACCCCACCUUCCUGGUUCAGAUGACUCAGCUGUUUUACAGUGUACUCUGUAAAGAUGGUUUGGGUGCUCAGAAGCGUGUAUGUUGUGUAUUUGGAGGUUCAGAGGUCGGAUGUGAAGGCUUCGAUGUACAGCGGGGAGAGGGGGUGAAAGAAAACGGAGAGCAGUUCUUCCCUUUCUUGAUCCAAUCAUCAGUCAUCCAGACCCUGCAGUUAUUUAACCGUCACUAAGUAGUGAUGCUAACAACGUUUACACCUGUUUAGUUUUUGUCUUUUUUACCGUGUUUACAGUAGACAUUCCUCGUGUGUUGUUUGUAUUUAUUUAUGAUUAUUGGUUUAAGAUUGGGGGGAAAAAUAAUGUAAAAUCUACGGUAAAACGAACACAUGUGGGAGUGCUUCAGCAUUAAACAAAGGAUUUCAGACUAUCAUUAAGAGGUAGAGAUGAAAAAUAGAUAUCAUAUAAAUUACACCUAUUAAGCGGAAUGAUAGAGCACUAAAUAUUCUGAGUUUUGUGUUAAGAAAAUUUUUUACUAGAUGAAAGAUUUCACAAUCUCCAUUGUGCUUACAGUGCAGGGGUUAGAGUACGAGUCAGUUAACAGUAUAUAGCGUGCCUAGGGUCUUAUUUCGCAACGGAUUCUUGUCCCCGACUAGUUGGAAAAACACUUCAUCCACAAAUCCGAAGGGUGGCACUGAGUGGUGGGCUCCAUUUGCUUUAAGCUUGGCAUGCCGUUGACUCACUGACUGUAAUCAAGGCUGCCUUUACUCUGAAUGUGAACGAGUUGUCUUCAUGUCGCACACAUCUUUCCGCGCUGCAGAUUUUCAGAGAGAGAGGGGGAGGAAGAGAACAAGUGGGGUUGUGGGUGGGUGGUUAGGUAGGCGGGUUGGCUGAUUAGAUUGUCGUCACACCGAUAGUAGGGGGUUAAAAAAACAAAAAAAAAGCUAACUAAAAAGUAAAGUGGGGGCGGUUUGGUGUAAAUAAGCUGUACAAAAGAUCCAGAUGGAGCAGGGUAGAGCAGAGCAGCACUGUUGAUCGGUGCCAUGUGUACAUAAACACUCGACUGUUCAUUGAGCGCAGAAAGUGAAAGAUGUAUGAAAUAUGAAAGCAAUUCAAUCAAAUUUGACUCUUACCUAAGUUUGAUUCAGGAUAUUCUCUGCGUUUGUCUCCGCAGAUAUUUUCUGUAUGUAAUUAGAUCGUGUAGCAGACAAUGACUGAAGUGUUUUCUUUCUUUUUCAAAUAAAGAGCAGCUUCCACAAA